AUGCCUCCAAGUAGCCUUCCCGCUGCUUCAGCGCUCCAGCCUUCGGAUCCUCAAAUGCCAGAACAAUCGUCUCCUGUUUCGCCUUCUCCCACAAAGGCGUCUCAACCGAGGGCUAUUUUGCCCAAAUCUUCUUCGAUAAAUUCCAAAACUAAUUACAUCUCACCUUAUCGACAAACGCCCCCAUCUGGAAGAUCGGUUUCUUCACCACUUGCCAGGUCCUCGGCAAUAGCAUCAUCACCAUCGGCCACAAAUGUUCACUCUCCUAAUUUUAAGGAUAUCGUGAAUCGGUUCAAUACAAAGCAGGAUGAGAAGGUUCCAAAUCCCAGUAACCGCAUCCCCGCUGUCGCCGCUGGACCCAACGCUGCUAGGGCUAGAAAACCGCCGGCCUGGAAGCCAGCAGGUGGUGGGGGUGCGCAAACGGGUGGGUCUACACGGUCGAACAAUCAAUCCACGACUGGAAGAAGUAGAGCUGGCGAGCGCUCAGGAUCAGCUCAAUCGAGUUCCAUUACAGGUAAAGGGAAAAACUCGGGUCGCGCUCGACGGCCCACUACUUCAAUGAGCAAUGGUGCCGAAGAGGCUACAAAUGCUCGGAAUCUACUGCCGCCACUGGAUACAUCCUUUAACGACAAACCUGCUGCCCCAAAUAGACAUCGGCGGAGCCGCUCGGCGCUCGAGAUUCACUCGCCCUCUGCAGCCUCACUGGCUGAUACCGAAGGGGAGACAAGUAGCGCCGGGUUUUCAGCGCAUCCAUUACGGCAUCGGAGAAGUAGAUCCAACGCAGAAAUAUUUUCUUCUCCUGUUGAUGUAAUGGAGGUAGACGCAAUAUUUGCUCAGUCUGCCGCUGUACCUAAGAGCUCACAUUCACCCCGCUCCGUUUCCACAGCGAAAUCCAAUAUUCCGGUAGUAAGACACUCGCCAACUCUGGACUAUAGGUACGGUGCCCGGAACACCUCCUCUAGGACCACCAGCUUGGCACCCGUCGCAGUGUCCUCCCAUGGUUCACGGCAUACCCCUCAGCCUAGCACUAAUUCUAGAUUGAUGGUGUAUAUUGGCACACCCCAGCCAACAAAAUCUCCGCCAUUGAGGUCAUCCCGUGGACAGCGCUUGCCAACCUCAAUUUCCGCAGCUGCGCCUAGACAGAAGUUUCAAAACGGUUCACAAAACUCAUCAUCUUAUUCCAGGGAAACAAAUCUUCAGCGCGGUAGAGGCGCAAAGACUUUUGAACCCGAGAAUAAUCGGGGAAGGGAUGUAAAAAAGAAGAUUCCGGAGUUAGGGACUGUGGAUUUUGCCGCCAGAAGAGCUCGAAUUCAAAACGCUUUUAAUAAAACUUUAAAAGAGACAUCCCAAUUGAAAACAAAUGUUGUCUGUAAGGAAAGUUCAAAACAGAGUUUGAGAGGGGAGAUAGUCGAUGACUGUGAUGGAAGCAAUGGUGAUAUAAGAGGUGGUUAUCAGGAAAGAAUUGAAGAAGAGGACGAAAAUGAGCUUGGAGAAUCCCCUAAAGGCGAUAACGCGGAAGAUGCUGCAGAGAUUCAUAAGGAAAUUGUGGGGGGCUCGGCUGUUCCUGAGCCAAUCGAAUCCGAGUUCAUCUCUGUCCUGCCUACCAGAUCUGAAUCUGCGGAGAUGGGUGCUGAGCCCUACUUUGACGGGCCAGGAAUCAAUGAUCUUUGGGAUAGGCGACAAUCUUUAUCUUCAAGCCGAAGGUCGUCUCUCUCGUCUUUUGACGAGAGGCCGCCGCUAACCGAAGACCCGCAUGCUAACCAAGCUCCCAGAUACCGUCGGGCCGUGAGUGGUAGUGCCAAUAGUGCUAGUGUAAGUCCUGAUUCACCUCAAGAGCCGCCUCCAGCAGAAAAGACAGGAAGCGAAGAGCCGACAAUUCCCGUCAUCGUCACACCCGACAUGCCCUCAGAUCCUUUGCGACUUAUGCACAUACCACAGCUUCUCAGGCCUGAUUCGGCAAUGACAGCCUGGAGUGUGGCGACCGGCCCAAAUAGGGACUCUUCCGAUAUGAGAGGCGGGACAGCACACCAGGUCGUCAAUUGUAUUGGUUCAAUUAUCGAGGCUCCGGAAGGCAACCAACUGGAGGCGACCACGAGAACUAAAGCAGAUUCUAUUUCGGUAACAUCUGAUACCACGGAGAGGGCAAAUCUGUCUCCAAUGGCUGCAACAUCUGCGUCAAGUACACCGUUGGAUGAUAGGGCUACUAUUGUUGAUGUAUUCGACCAUUACGAUGAGCCACGAGAAGACUUUUUGAAAUCCUAUGCGGAUACCGAAGAAGAAGUGACGGAGUUUGAGACAGGAACAGAUACUGUUGACGAGUAUGCAGAUGAUAUGGAUGAGGAGACCGGGGACGGAGAAACUGAGGAAGGAGAAACCGAAGGGACUGAGACUGAGACCGAGACCGAAGAGGAUACAGAAGUGGAAGAGACCACUAGCACCGAAGGCUACGAUGACUAUGUUGAAGAUAGCGAACUGUGCGAUUACACGUCUUGCUCUGAGAUUCCGAGCUCGGCUCGACCCAGCAUUGAUGGCCAGUCAGAAGGUUGGGAAACUACUUCGUCCCGGGCUAGUCCGGAGUUGGAUAUUCACCCUACCAAGAGACAAUCGAUCCAAAUGCUUGAUUCGCCAACUACUCCUCGACAAUACAUCGAGGAGGCAGAAUCACCACUUCCUCCAACACCUCCCCCAAAGGACUACCAUUUCUUACCCCCCACACCCCCUGCAAAGGACCCACCUAGAGCUGUCUCACCUGCCCCCUCAGCGAUGAGCACUGCGCCAAUCCACCCUAGCAAUAGAAUGCCUCCGCAUACCCCACUCCAAUUACCGGAAAUUGAAAGGGAUACCGAGCCUCUAGGACUAGCUAUCAAUGUCUUUCCUACCUACACUGAGCGAACGGCCUCACCACUCCCUCCCCCACCGGGUAACAGACCCAGCCUAGACCGCUGGAACACCUCUUCUGCAAUGGACUAUUACGGGGAUAAUCCAAGACAGAGCCAGGAUUCACAGAAUCCUUAUUCUGGCAGGCAAAGCUUAGACCAAUACUCGCAUAGACCAAACCUGGACCGCACGCACUCUUAUCCAGGAAAGCAGUCAAAUUCCCCUUCUUCGAGCUUUUAUUCAGAGCUUGAAUCUCGCCAUAGUUCUGUGUCGGUUGGGCCUAAUGGAUACCGUCACCCGGAAACCCCACCAUCUUCCAUGGCGCCAACUAAGCAUGGGUCCUCCUCCAUUCAUUCUCAAGAGCAUUCUGGUCCAAGGGAAGCUCCAGAGCAGAAGUUGUUGAUCAAACGUCGCCACCUACUGAAGGAGUUGGUGGAUACCGAGAGUUCUUAUUUCCGGGAUAUGACUGUCGCAAUGGAGAUCUAUAAGGGUUCUGCAAAUGCUUGUUCCUCUAUCACCCUUGAUGAUAUAAGGGUCUUGUUUGGAAAUACGGAUGCCAUCGUGCAGUUUUCGAAAGCCUUUUUGGAGUCUCUGAAAGCAGCGGUAGGGAGUGUCUACGUCCUGCGCAGGGCCCGGAGCGGCGUGAACAGCAGCGCUGUGAGUGUAGUGAACUCGCCAAAUAGCGGGGAUGAAGAUAGUAGGUCUAAUUUCUUUGACGACAUUGCCAACGAAGAGGAGAAGGAUAGGAAAACAUAUGUUGGUGAGGUAUUCAUGGAUAUGUUCUACAACAUGGAAAAGGUCUAUGGUGAAUACUGCAAGAAUCACGACAACGCGGUUGGGCGAUUACAAAAGCUAGAGGGCAACAGGGGUGUGGCGAUUUGGCUGGCGGAAUGCAAAACAUGCGCCGAAGACCUCACAAAUGCUUGGAAUCUGGAAUCGCUACUCAUCAAGCCUGUUCAGCGAAUACUGAAGUACCCGCUCUUGCUUACCCAAUUGCUUGAAUGCACACCUCGAAGCCAUCCCGAUUUUACUCAGCUAGAAGUGGCUGCAAAGGAGAUGAAGUUCGUUGCGGAUCGUAUCAAUGAAAUGAAGAAAAGAAAGGACAUGGUCGAACGAAUUGUGGGCCGCAAGAGAGCCGAGACGGAUAUCCGUCAUGGAAUUACCAAGGGCUUCGCACGUCGUGCUGAAAAGCUCAAGCAAUCUGUGGGACUAUCAGAGGUCGUGGUGGACGAAGUCUACAAUAGGCUUUUUGAGAACUAUAACAUGCACUUUGUCCAGGUCCAGGUGAUAAUACGGGAUAUUGAAAUCUAUACAAUGGAUAUUCAAUUGCACAUAGAGAGGUUUCUAGAAUUCACGCAAACGAUCAAGGAAUUUGUCGACAUAUCCCAUACACAACACCCCGAGAUUGAAGUGAAAUGGAGAAAGUUCGAUAGCGCUAUGAAAGAGAUGGCAUCCACCUACCUUCAAGAGCAUAAACUUCGCGUACGCAAACACUCAAUUGAGCCUCUAGAAAUGCUUCUGAAGAUGCACGAAAGCCCACAACGGAUCAUGACGAAGCGUAACAAAAAGGCGGUGGACUAUGCCCGAUAUAAGGCAAUUAGGGAUCGAGGGGACACUCCAGACAAGAAGUCCAUUGAACUCGCUGAUGCAUAUGUCGCACUGAAUGAAACACUGAUUGACGAGCUCCCAAAGCUAUUUAGAUUGACAAAGAAGCUUAUUGACACCGUCUUAUUAAAUUUUGUUGAAUUGCAGGGCCUAUGGAUGAAUAGUUGGGCCGCCAAGCUUCGGAUGACCUUCACAGAGAUGGAUAUGCCCUCUGAGUUGGAUACCAUUGUCAAGGAUUUCAUGGGGGACUUUUCGUAUAAUGAACAGAGUCUCAAUCAUAUGGGGAUUUGCAACGGGACUUUGAAAGCCAUGUUAUUACCACAAACCCAGUUCCUCUCUCCCUCCUCGACAUUAUCUCUUGAUGCCUUUGAAUACCCACGGAGGCCAUCGACUUCCGAAGGGAAUGAGCUUUCCCUUCCGGGACGAGAUAGAGCCUUGUCUUUGACGAGUCAUUCCCCAACGGCCUCGAGUUUCGACAAGCCCUUUGAGGAGCGUCGUCAUAGCGGCGGGUCCACCCUUUCUCCCUUAAUCGCGAUGGCUCCUAUCCUUCCAAUAUUGCCUCAGAUAGCCAAUAACCCCCGAGGGCGAGCUGGGUCAGCACAGCUACAGAGGUCCCCCAUGAGGAUUACUCCACCGGUUCCUCAACGAUCGUUCUCAACCAUGACCGCUGACAGACAACUACAUACGCCAGUCACUCGUGACUACUCACCAUCUCUGUCUGAUCGUCCUGGAUCUAGAGCCUAUUCGUCAGCAUCGACGCUGUUUGAUGGUCCGGAAACCCAGACAGCCCAUACUUCAAGCACGACCUUAGCAGACCCACGGGCGGAGCCCCUUACCCGUUCUGCUUCUCCAGCACCUGCCCCAAUGUUUUCGUCAGCAAUGCCAAUGGAGGACGAUAGGGAGAUGAAAUCUGACAGUGAAUCCCAGUCAGGAAACCCAUCACGUAGCGCUUCGCGGGCGCCGUCUGUGGCGUCAUCAAGACAAAGUCAGCGACGGACAUUAACGUUGUCCAAUAACAGUACCCCUAUAUUUGUUGUGGCUAGUCUGUACGAGUUUAACAUUGAUAAACAACGGAGAGAGGGUGGAUUCCCGUAUCUUACUUAUGUACAAGGAGAGAUUUUUGAUGUGGUGGGAACAAAAGGAGAGAUCUGGUUGGCUAAAAACCAAGAUGACGCAAAUGGCGAACUUGGCUGGAUCUGGUGCAAGCAUUUCGCUCGUCUUUAG